GCGCGGAACGAACGAACGAACGGAAGCCUGCCUAGCUAGAGCAGCAGCAGCAGCAUGUAGCCCAUCGAACUGGCCAGUUGCCGUUUGUCGCUCGUGCCGUCUGGUUGUAAAGUUGUAAAUCCGGUCGCCGAGACGCGGAACAAGAGAGGACUGUUAUCAGUGUGCAUCAGGGUGUAGAGUCUGCAGAGUCCUUCUCCCAGCUGGGGGAUGAUGCUUCUUCAAUCAUCAUCAUCAUCAUCAGCACCGUCAUUACCGUCAGAGUUUGUGGUGUGCUAAAGACACUACUGUAGCAGUGCGCGGGGCCGUCCUGGGGAAGGAAAGCGUGUUGUACACUUGCUUCCGGUUUCGCCGUGUCCGCCCAGCGAUUUCUUUGAAGCGUAUAGCGAGCGCGGAGUUCUUCAGUGUGCGAAGUGGUUCCCCGACGGAACUGGUGGAUUUUCGAGUGAAUUCGAUGGGAGCGGUUGGGGAAGGUCGUCGCAGUGUGCCUUGAGAUAUUGCUUCGCAAGGAAAUCCAGGCUCCAGACAGAAUUCAGGCCUGCGGCCUGCUGCGAUGCGCCCAUCAAUCAGAGCCUACUGCAGAUAAUGCUGAUGUACAGAGGUGUAAUGUAAUCUCACUUUGUCUACGUGCUCUGCUCAGUCAGUGGGCUGACGACUAGUUAAUGACAAAGUGCACAUGAAACCAAAGUGCUAAAAUAAGCGUGAAAUGGAUUUUCGACGAGAAACCGGUGAGGAAACCUGAUAGUGUGUCUCGUCUCUGUCUAUAAGUCGGUUGUUACUGCCGUUUGCUAGUGAGCUGGGUUGGCUGCUGUUGUUACUCUCUAGUUGGCAGCUUCGCAGUGAUUGUGAUGAUGCUGGUUUACAGCUUGUGGAAGAAGUUUAGCGCCUGAAACGGAAGGAAGCCAGGCGGAAAAGAAGAGGAAACCAGAAGCUCAGAAGCCUUUCAAAAGCUGCAUCUCAGUAGUGCUCCUCUGGUGGGAUAGUGAAUCGUCUUCGAAGCAGGUUCCGACGCUGCUGAGUUCGACUUCUAUACGUGUGUGCCUGUCUGCACUGAGAAAAGAAAUAAAAGUAUUUAGACGAAAGCUGAUAAGAUUCCUGGGGUGAAUUGCGGAAGAAAAGUGUUGUGGCUAUAAAGUUUACCCGGUGGUUGUUAUCCGAGGAAGAAAAGUGCAUCCCGCUCGAUUUAGAAGAAGUUCUUCGUUUGUUUGUUUAACCAAAGGGGAAAACUCGUUUCAGCCAAUCAAUGGCGUUGCGGCGACGUCCGAAAAUAAUUGUUAUGAAUAUCGCAGCAGGCGUGGGUUGAUGUAAAUCGUCAAGUUUGAAAUUGGAGACUGUUGUUGUUGUUGUUGAAGUUGAAAGCAGAUCAACGAGCGAGGACCGGGAGGCCGUCGUAGUAGUCGUCAUCGACCAUGAAAGAAAAAAUGCAAUCUCAGAUCAAACAGAAAUACUGAAUAGAACCCUUGGUGAAACGUGGCGAUUCGAGAAGUGAAGACGACCUCAUAAAUACACACUCACACACAUACAUCUAGACAACUAUUCACUCGGGAAGUCAUCUGUCGGAGCGGAGUUGGUACACCAACUAGGGAACGGAGUACGAAUGACAACAAAUUGAAAUGUGGAAACGGCAAGUUGGAAAUCGAAAAGCACUUUACACAGAAGCAGCCAGCGAGUGCCUAAGGGAGUCAUUCAGCCAGGGCAUGGGGUAAAACCGGAAGGUGCCCAUUUCUCUUUCAAUAGCAAGCAAUUUCCAGACCAUUAGUGGGGGCAUUUGUGACAGCUCAGCUCCGUGCAAAGAGUGUGAGUGAAAGAAGCAGGGAAGAGUGGCAGAUCUAGUGAGCCGAGAGCAUCUAUCGUUGAACUUGUGUGCUAAGGUUGCUUUGUUGUUGGUGAUGUGCGCUUUUCAAGGGGGUUGAGGUCAAGAAGUGAAAUCAAGUGCAACGCUGCCAAGUUCUGGGAGGGGGAGUUCAAGUCAAGAAGGUGCAGUGAAGAUUCUUCGAUCGCCUUUCCUCGCUAGAGGGCACGCAAGUAGAGUAGUGUGGUUCGGGUUUUGGUGUUGCUCCGGAGGCGCUUGAGUGUCGGUUGUGUGGGUUGAAUGGCUACCACCGGACGACAUCGACAGCAACGUCAACGUGGUGCAGCAGAAUCAGCAGAAAACAGCAACAGCAGCAGCUACAACAACACCACCGGUAGAACGAGUGCUGUCAGUGUCGGUCUGUGUUCGUCGUCGGAAUCGUUGGCCGUUGGCGUGUUACGGGGACCGCAAAAUGGCUAGAUUCUGCCCGCGAUUCUGGUCCGAGCUGAGAUUUGUUAGCCAAGCAAACGUGAACACCACUUGCAUUUGCGGAGGAGUCGACUGCAUCACGACAUUCCCCAUCGCAGUAGCCGGCGCUGUCGGCAAGAAAUCUACAAUCAGAAGGAAAAGAUACAGAAGAGUAGUGGCUUUUGUUCGGUUAUCGUCGUCGGCUGGUUGUCGUACGGAUCGAAGCAGGCUGCCAUCGUUGCUGUCGUCACUCUGCAACAGGGUUGGAGAUGAUCACCGGCCCCCACUAGGACCGGACGAGUCGCCAGUGGUUGGCCAUCGCUUACUGGUGUCGUGCCGUUAUCACCAUCGGCAACGCGGCACAAGCCGAACCAUCCUACUAGUUAGCGAACAGCCAUCAUCUUCCUCAUCGUCGUCGUCGUCGUCGUCGACACCGCUAGGUGGUGGUAGCACCGGUUGUCGUCAUUGCCGUUGCCGUUGCCGCUGCCGGAGGAGCUGCGUCGUUCCCCAUCGAGAUGAAUGCGACCGAGUGCCACAGCCUGAUUGCCUCGGUCGAGUGGACCGAGCCGCGCAAGAUCCUGCUGCUGGCCAUCCUCAUCUUCAUCGACGUGCUGGUCAUCGUCGGCAAUACGCUCGUGGUGGCCGCCGUCACCAGUUCGCAUAAGCUUAGGAGUGUUACCAAUUUUUUCAUCGUUAGUCUAGCCGUUGCCGAUUUGUUAGUUGGAUUAGCUGUAUUGCCGUUUUCGGCCACCUGGGAGGUGUUUAAGGUAUGGAUCUUCGGUGACGUGUGGUGCCGCGUGUGGCUGGCCGUCGACGUCUGGAUGUGCACCGCGUCGAUACUGAACCUGUGCGCGAUUUCGCUCGACCGCUACGUGGCCGUCACCCGUCCCGUCACCUACCCGAGCAUCAUGUCCACCGGGCGGGCCAAGUCGCUCAUCGCCGGGCUGUGGGUGUUGUCCUUUGUGAUCUGCUUCCCGCCGCUGGUCGGGUGGAAGGAGCAGAAAGUGAAAGAGAACCUAUUAUUACCGUAUGGAAAUCACACGCUGGCGUCAGUGUCACCGUCGCCAGUCACUUCCACCUCAUCGUAUUCAUCAUCGUCGUUGCCAUCAUUGUCGAUAUCAUUUUCGUCGUCGUCGUCUUCGCCGCCAUCAUCCGGGUCCGUGUCGUCGGCCUUCAGUAGCACCAUCACAACAACCAUCACCUCUUCGUCCUCCUCAUUCGCCGCCGGCGCCGACUGGGAUGGGCUAGGGAUGGGCGACGCUGCCCCCACCCCCAAUCCGCCCUGCCCGUGGACCUGCGAGCUGACAAACGACGCCGGUUACGUCGUCUACUCGGCGCUGGGGUCCUUCUACAUCCCCAUGUUCGUGAUGUUGUUCUUCUACUGGCGCAUCUACCGGGCCGCCGAGCGGACCACACGUGCCAUCAAUCAGGGAUUUAGGACCACCAAAGGUGGCAAAAAGAACAACAACUUCGACGACAGUCUGACGCUCCGGAUGCACCGCGGCAAAGGCGUCGGAGCCCUGAUGGCGUCCACCAUGCGCACGCACAACAUGCUCAUCGAAGGUUCGGCCGUACGGCCUACCAGCGUUAACAGCGCGUCCUCCACCGCCAACGCAAACCCCCAGAUCUCGAUAUCCUGCCCCAGUGGGAACACGUCCCAUCUGACCAGUCCCACCGUAUCACUGGGGUCAUCGCUCCAGAUCAACCUGCCGUCGCAACACAACGGAGGCAGCAGUAAUGGCGGUGGCGGUGGCGGUUCCGGCUCCGUACGGUACCCUCCCAGCCGGCCCAACUCGCGGCGGAAAUCCGUCUUCAAGGAAGCCCCGGCCGGAAUCUCCCGGGACCUGUCGCCCAACUCGUCCAAGAAACUUGGCAAAAAGCACCUCAAAGUGCAGGUCAAGCGGUUUCGCAUGGAAACCAAAGCGGCCAAAACCCUAGCCAUCAUAGUAGGCGGUUUCAUCAUCUGCUGGCUGCCGUUCUUCACCAUGUACCUCAUCAGGGCCUUCUGCGAUGACUGCAUCAACGACACCCUGUUCUCGAUCCUCUUCUGGCUCGGGUACUGCAACUCGGCCGUCAACCCCUUCAUCUACGCUCUCUUCUCGCGUGACUUCCGGCAGGCCUUCAAACGGAUCAUCAUGCGGUGCUUCUGCUGGAAGCGCUUCAAGAUCAACCUCCUGAAGAAGUCCUCCACCACGCAGCAUACCAACAAUCACAGCUACAGCCCGUCGGCCUUCACUCCGCUGGCGUCCACGCCCCGGACCGAACUGGACAACACCGUGUUCAGAUGACGAUCCUUCAGCUCGCUGGAACCACCGACUCCACCGUACGGCUCCGCGAAGAAGUCCACGUCGCCGUCCGGAGCCGGGCCGGGCCUGUUUCGGUCCACUUCGGUGCGGGCGCCACCAAGGGCGUCCACAGAGAUCCACCUGGCACGCCGUCCGACCGUGAUCGAGUACCAGCUAGGGGCGGGCGGUGGAGGAACAGCUCGGACGCAACGGGUCAUCGCCGAGGAGGAUCAGACGAUCGAGCAGGAUGACGAACCUUCGUCGGUAGGGACCUUGGAUAGAAGCGGGAAAACGAUAACGAGCUUGUAAGGGUGGGAUGGGGCGGUAGACCAGGGGUGGUUGGCUAAGAUUACGAGGGUGACAAACAGGUUUAUGGGAGUGGUCUAGGUUGGAAAUGAUGGAAAGGGUUUUUUUUUCGAUGAAAGGUAAGUGAAAUCGCUUAGCCUGUGCUUGUUUUACGGGACAGAUCUUCUCAGCUUAGUGGUACAAACAAAGAGUUUUCGAUUUCUGUGAUGACAACAGAUUCCUUUAACGAAAACAUCACGACAAAAAGGCUUUCAUACGGAAAGUGCUGAUGUUACCACCGGGUGCAAGAUUCACGUUUAGCUUGUCAAACGUUUCUAGUGGUCUAUGAUCUCGGGUUUGUAACGUGCUGUUGCGUGUACUUCGCAAUCAAUUGUCCAGGAUUAAACUCGCCUAGUAUUGCAAUUGUAAACUCGAAAACUACUGAAUCGAGCGAGUGUAUUUACCUAGUUGUUUUUGCGGGCUGGAUUGGUUCGUGGCUGUCAAUCUCCAAUCUCGGUCACGCCCAACGCUCUCCUGAUCGCGCUCCACCUGAUUCGCCCACCCUGACCGCUGCCCUUCAGGUCUUCUUGUAUCGUGCGAAUCUCUUGCGAACAAUAGUUCUGCUGAGUUGCUUUCCGGCCUUAUCACAACAUGCUCUGCCCAACGUAUUCUUCCAGCUUUUGUCACUAUCCGGCUAUAUGAUUCGCAGUAGAGUGCAGCGAGCCCGAGGUUCAUCCUUCUCUGCCAUACAUCGUUCUCCAGUACACCGCCAAAGACGGUCCUAAGCUAGGUCCUAAGCACUCGAAGCCCGAACACUCCGAGUACUUGUAUGAUCCUCCGAGAUAGACGAAGUCCUCCAGCAACUCUAAAGUGUUCCCGUCUAUUGUAACACCGCUGCCUAGUCUUGCUUUCUCGUCCGUGAUUCCUACUGACAGCAUGCACUUCGUUUUUGACGCGCUUACACUCAGUCCGAUCUUUGCUGGUAACAUAAGGCUGAAUUUCAAAAGGCUGAAUGCACAAAAGGCUGAAUUCGAAAGGCUGACAUUAAGAAACUGUAUCAUAAGGCUGAAAUUACAAAAGGCAAAAAAAAUAUGAAAAUGCAUGUAUAAAUUAUAGUACUUCAUCCUUUUCUUGGAGUUACGCCCCAACUGAGACAAAGCCUUCUUCUCAGCAUGGCAUAUUGUGUAACAAGGAUAAAGAUACUCAAUGCCAAAGGGAGUUAAUAAAAUUUUCACAAUGAAAAAUUCUCUGAAAAGUUUGAAACUGAGCUUAGUAAAUAGACUAAUAAUGCAUAACAACGAACACAAAAAGGUACUGAUAAUAAUUAUAUCGUUAAUUUUUCCUUCUUGUUUAAUAUUGAGAAUAGGAUUUGGAACGACGGAUAUCUUCGGAGGAGAAGACUUGAAUUCACAAUAAACGUUUAUUUUACGUCCGAACAGCUUGAGCACUUGAGAGGAACUGGUUAGGAAAUUUUCCUAACAAACUGUGUAACCAAGGGCGUUGUUAAGGGUCGCAACCGUUACCGAUUGCCUACUUCAACAUUUAAGCUAUUCUUUCGAGUCUGUUUUGGAGAUUGUUGUCAUUACGGCUACGCGACACGAAUGCACCCUUCAGGUGUAAAGUGUCGUAAAUACAUUAACAAACAACAAGCAAACAUUACGGCUACAAAACAAUAACAUCAGAGAUUUUCUCUUCUUUUGAGAAAUACAGUCUUAGUAUUAUAGACGUUCAAUAACGCAUAGCAAUUUGACCAGUCGUAAAACUUUCCUAUUCAGAUUAAGCAUGUUUUGAGUGUAGAAUGUUCCCCCAAAAUGAAUUAGUUUGGUCAACAAUGAACUUGGGGAAGGUAGGACGGUCAAGCAAAACAGUGCCACGGUUGGGUAAUCGCCAACAAGCAAAUUUUCAAAUCAAGCCUAACUUUACCAAACCGUAUCUAACAAGAUACAUAAACGGACACGACAUAAAUAUCACAAGGCAGGCUAGUAACCUAUGUAAACAUCAUUUUUGGAUGUAAACAUGUGACGUCGUUCUUAUCGUUUUACGUUGAUCAAAUUGGUGAGGAGUACUAGAUUAUUGAGGAAACGCCUAUGAACGAUUUGAAUUACGUCAUCAAAAAACUGUCAGAUUUCCGGAAGGUAUCACCUUCUAAAUAUUGUACGCCAUGUAAACGGAGAAAAUCGAAGGGGAAGUUCGCUGUUCCCAUAGCAACUCAUACAUUGCGCAUUCAGAAACGUGAAAAAAAAAUUCACAAAUCAUCCCCAAAGGUGAGUGAUACAAGUAGUCCUUAACGAAAUUUAGCGCCUCAUGUGAAAAUCUCUUUUUUGUUUACAUAUGUUACAUACGGUAUUUGGUAAAGUUAGGCUUGAAAUAGACCGUAAAAUCAGUGGAUGUAUAUAAUUAUUCCCAAUUAGAGUGAUACGUCUGUUUGUCUAAGUUGUUAGUGUUGAGGUUAGUCUCUAGGCUAACUAAAAAAAUACUCGAAUCUUAAGUCGAAUCACUAUUUCAGCCUUAGGGAACGUCCAUAAAUUACGUCACGCAAAAAUUGCCAAUUUUCAACCCCCCCUCCCCCCUAUGUCACACAUUUUGUAUGAGACCACUUACAUUUUUGUAUGGGUUGUCACACUUUACUGAACCCCCCCUCCCCCCCUUAAAGCGUGACGUAAUUUAUGGACGUUCCCUUACGUUAUUUCAGCUUUUCGAUGCAUUCGGCUUUUUGUAAUUUCAUCCUUUAGUGUUUCAGCUUUUUUUAUUUCAGCCUUUUGUAAUUCAGCCUUGUUGUAAGUAAGGAUUUUCCUAGAAUCCUGAGAUAUACUACUCCAUAUCUAUGAGACGGAUUGUCUCAGAGUUCCGAGAGGAAUUACCCCAGAAUCCUAUGAUAAAUUGUAUCAAAAUUCUAAGGGAAGUUUUCCCUGGGGAUUGUCCCAAAAUGUUCCAGAAUCCUAAGAUGAAUUCUUCCAGAAUCCUGAGAGGAAUUCCAAGAGUGGUUCUUCCACAUUCUUGAGAUAAAUUGUGAGAGAUUCUCACAAAAGCAAAAGAUUUUCGAAUUCCUAGGUUGAAUUCCCCAAGAAACUUGAAAGGAUUUACCCUAAAUCCUGAAAAGGGUAGCAUAAAACUCUAAGAAGGAUUACUCCUGAAUCCUGAGAAAGGUUUCCUCAAAAUACUGGGCGGGAUUGCCAAAGAAAUCUGAGAUGUGCUCUCACAGUAUUCUGGGAGGUAGGACACCAUAAUCUUGAGAAGAAUUCCUUCAGAAUCCUUUAAAGUAUUCUCCCGGAAUUCUUAAAAUAUGCUGGGUGGAAUCCAUUAGAAUGCUGAGAAUAAUUCAGCCAAAAUUCCGAAAGGUGAUUCCCCAGCAUCUUGAGAGGGAUUAUAAGAGGGGUAAUUCCAGAUACUCGAGAGAAAUAUAUCUAGAAACCUAAAAGAUUUUUUUUUCGAAAAUCUGAUAAGGAUUCUCCCUGGAAGGGAUUACGAAAACUUAUAGAAUGGACUUCCUCAGCAUCCUGAGAAGGAUUUCUGGAGGUAUUCUUACAUAAAACAGAAAAUUACCGCAGAUUCCUGAAAGACAUUCCCCUAGAAUAUUUGAAAUGACUCUCCUAAACUUCUGAAAGGGAUUGUCCCAGAACUCUGAGAGUGAUUCCUCUAAAAAAAUCUAAACUAUUACACCAGAAUCUCUAAAAAAUUCCCAUAAACUUGUCAGGGGGUUUCCCUGAUUACUAAGAGGAAUUCCCACCGAAUCCUGAAAGUGAUUUCUGGGAGCAACUCCACCAGAACACAGAAAACAUAAUUCUACUGGGAUUCUUGUAGAAUGCUGUGAAGGAUUUCUUGUGAACCCUAAGAGGAAAUACAAAAUCUAUGCGAGGGUUUCUCCAAAAUCCAAAUUUCUCUAGAGAAGUCUGCCCAGAAUCUCGUGAGAGAUUCUUCAGUAGUUAAUAAUUCUGAAAGAAAGUGCCCUAGCAUCUUGAAAAAUAUAGCCCCAGAAUCCUAAGGAUUUCUCCAGAUCCAGAAUCAUGAGACAAGUUCCCCAGAAUCUAGAGAAAAAUUUCCCCAGAAUCCUGUCGGGGAUUACCCCAGGAAGCCGAAUUUUCAGAGAAUUUGGGGAAGAGUAUCCGCAGAAUACUUAGUGAUAUUCCCGCAGAAUUUUUAAAGGAUUUUACGCAGAAUCCUGAGACGGAAUCUAGUAAUCCUGUGUGUGAUUUUCCCAGAAUUCUAAGAAAGAUUCCCCCACAAUUUUGAGAGGAACUUCGCCACCAUUUUGAGAAUGCUGAGUAAGAUUCUCCAAGAAGUCUGAGAGGAGUUCCUGAAAAUGCUGAGAAGGAUUUCUUUAGAAUACGGAGUGGGAUCCUAAGUGAGUCCAGAUCAUCCAGAAAUUUCUUAGAAUCCUGAAAGGGAUCCCUGGAAAGGAAUACCCCAAAUUCCCUUAGAAUCGACAGAUUCCCAAGAAUUAUGAUAGGUAUUCCCAUAUUAUACUGUUGAAGAAAAAUCCUCCAGAAUUUUUAAAGAGGCUCUUCCAUAAUUCUGAGGACUCCUCUAAAAUUUUGUGAAAGGUUCCUCCAAAAUGCUGAAAAUUAUCAAACCAGCAUCCUGAGAGACUUUAUCCCAGAAAAGAUAGAAAAACUCUCUCAAUAGGAAUUGUCCCUAAAUUCUAUUAAGGAUUUCUCUAGAAUUCUGGGAGAUAUUACUCCAGUUUUCUGACAUGGAUUCGCUCAGAACCUUUAUAGGAAUUCCUCCAGAAUCCUGAGAGAUUUCCUCAAAUUCCCGAGAUGAAUUCUCCCAGAACCCUGUGAUGGAUUUCCGCAGAAUCCUGGAGUAGUUUAUCCUCGGGAUUCUCCCAGAAUGCUUAGAUAUACAUAUAUUCCCAGAACUUCCUGACGGAUUCUUCCAGAAUCCUGAGAGAAAGUCUACUGCAGCAUUGAAAGGCAUCCCAUUAGCAUCCCCAGAGAUUGCCCCAUAACCCUGAGAAGUUUCCUAAGGGGGGAUCCUACACAUUAUUAAGAAACAUUCAUCUAGAAUCCUAAGAGGGAUUCUCGCUGUCUGUUGUUGUUGUAGUCGAUACUGAAGCGAACCACCAGGUUAUCGCUGGGAAUGAAGCUAUAGUUUACUCUACAGUUCGAACUGUAGACCCUGGGUCUUAGAGCAGAUCAAAAACUGGUUUGAUUACGAUCAACUUAAACUUUAAAUUCUUUAUUGAAUACCAUACAUUCAAGUUCAUUUCACUACUUACAAUCUUGGAGCCUCGUAACCGUGCGGUUAGGGUCAUCAAGCUUCUAACCGCACUAUGCUAUGAGAUGAGGGUUCGAUUUCCGUUUCGGUCGAUGUUUCAUAACUUUUCGUGAGGAUAGUUUCUUCUCCGUAUCCACUGGUGUAUGCGCCGUGUGUCCCUUGUCUAGUAUUAAGGUUCAUUCAGUUUGUACAGCCUCUGGCUGUAAACGGUGUCCGCGUCUAUUUUUACAAUCUUCCGUGAUUCGUCGCCCUAAAAUUUCGGUUUAAAACCCGGUACAGUUUAAAAAUACUACAAAAUACAGGAUUACUUCAAGCACUCUUUUGACAGUAUCGCUUUUCUUUCUCAAUGCAUUUCUUUCCUCUUUUUCAUAGAGAUUCCAAUGCACUGCAUAGGGUAGCCAGUCGCAUCUAUCGCGCUAACACCGACUAAAGGUACGGCUUCCCCAUUCCAUGGCCCAGGUCACCCGCUAUUACCACGUCUCAAAUUACCACCGGCCUUUGCCCUGUCAGCACGGUCGUCAUAAGUAUAGUCCAACAACAGCGUGAACUGCUCGAUCGACCAUCGCGGAUGCCCAUAAGGCGCUGUCAAUGAACUACAUAGACUCAAUUUUGGCAUUAUCAGACUCCCCCUCCCCCUCGUAGACUUUCUUCCACACGAAAUUUUCGAAAUUUGUAUGGACCGUAGACUUUGGUUGGAACCCUGCCUUCUCCCCUCAGAGUCUACUUAGUUUAUGGACAGGCCGUAACAGCUACAGAAGAAGACCCUUUUAGUUUGGCGACCACGAAGCCCUCAUAGGUAAUACAGUGAUAGACAUUCGUUUAGCCGAGGCUAAAAAAUUUUCAAAAAAGUGUCAGGAAACUCAUACAAAAGAUUUUAUGAUAAAACUUUUUUAUCGUAGUGAUAGUAUAUCUAGUACUGUUUUAUAAAAAUGUGAUACAUCACACUUACAUAUACACUGACACAAAAACGAGGGUAAAAACCCUUCAAAUGUCAUUUUUUGCCUAGACAUUCGUUUAGCCGAAUCGUACAAUUCCUAGAAUUCCAUAAUAAAAACCAUCAAAUUUCGAAAAAUACCCAACAAAGUCAUUUUGUGUGGUGAUCUGCAUUAUAGACCAACUUGUAAAUCAUGAAUUAGAUCGUUUUUGGAAGUGUUGCCAUAUUAAUUUUGCAUGCAUCUCAUAUAAAUAUGUCAUAAUAUUAUAAAUGUUUCUAAAUUGAGAUUUAAUGUAGUUAUUUUAAUCGGAAGUGUUUCAAAAGAAUUUUAUGAAAGUUCCAUGACCUAAACAGGUUGAAAAUUUACGAAAAACAAUGUUUUUAACAGAAAAAAAUAACGCAAACCAUCAAAAAAUCACGUAUUUAAGUAUUGUUUUGAUGAAAAAUGAUGCUUUCACUUGCAUAGGUCACAGCGUUUACUACUAUUACGUUUUCUUAUAGCUCCUAACAUCUUGUAGACUGUAUGCUGGCUGAAAUAACAUACAUUGAACGGCUCAUAUUUCGAGAAAUGGCACCGAAAGUAUUCAAAUUUCUAGCAUGAACUACUUGUUUCAUAAUUUAGACAUUCUUUUCAAAUAAAUCAUGUUAAAAAUGAAUGUGGUUCACAACUUAGACUCAUUUAUAAUAUAUUUCUUCAGAUUGAAUGAAAUAAGCCAAUUGUUUGACCAUAUCUUGCAUUUUUGUAUGAGCAUCUGCUUUUGAAUAAACAGGGUACAAAAAAUAUGACACUUCUUGCAGUUCUUUCACUUUGCAGUCUUCCAACCCAUUUAGUAAUGCUAGUAUCAAACAGGUAUACUCGACAGGCAUUAGGGCACGUAUUUAUUUCAAUGCAGGACUGUUUAUUUUAGCUUUUAUCAAUCCCAUUUUAAAGUUUAACCAACCAAAAACCAAUAUACUUAAUUUUUUCAUGACAUUUUAUGCAAUAAUUUGAACAUUUUUAACAAUAAUUCUGUGCCAUAUUUUCAAAACUGCUAAUCUAGCUUACGUUUGAGUGUUUACAGAAAUCAUUUUUCUUAAAUAAAUUUGUUUAUCUUCGCUUCUCCUUAUCAAGACAUUUUUUUAUAAUAUUUCUCUGAAUUUCACAAAUAAAUAAACUUUUAAGGCCAAUUAUCUUGCUAACACGUCAUAAACUAAAUGCCUUGGAGUAUAUCCUCGAAAUAUACUCACGAAAUUGCAAAAAAUCUAUUGAAAACCAAUUUUUCAUUUACCUCGGCUAAACGAAUGUCUAGGCAAAACAUGACAUUUGAAGGGUUUUUACCCUCGGUUUUGUUUCAGUGUAUAUGUAAGUUUAAUGUAUCACAUGUUUAUAAAACAGUACUAGAUAUACUAUCACUACGAUAAACAAGUUUUAUCAUAAAAUCUUUUGUAUGAGUUUCCUGACACUUUUUUUGGUCUCGGCUAAACGAAUGUCUAUCACUGUAGACACCAUCUCCUGGACGGGGUACUUACCCCAAGUAACACACUUGUCACCCCAGAAGCCUAAAUACUUACUUGCUAGAAGUAAGUGUACCAUCCACUUAUGAAGUGAACAUGUAGCCACUACGCUACGGGCCCCGGCUCUCUAGACACACUUACUGCUAAGUGCCUCCUCCAGACUCUGCAGGUGUCGCUUUUGCGCUCCUUGUCGUGCUUGAGCUCGAUGAUCAUUUCACCCAUACUAGUACGUUUAACACUGUGCACGUCGACUCCCAAAUCCACGAGCUUGGCGUCGCUCCUGUCGUAUUCGAAAUCUACUACUAUUACAAAAUUCUAAUUCUACGUCGACCGUUCUUUGUAACACACGUCAUACAUAGGGUUUCGAACUACUUCGGCACCAGCACCCAUUCCCGGCACCUCACAGAAAAACAAAUCAAAAUAUCACUUGCCGCAUAUUUUCCAAACGCACUUCCGUAGGUAAUUAUCUCCCGCAACAUUUACGCAACGGGAUCCACAGUCAAUGAGCUACACGUUCACUCUGAAGCCGCACAAGUGCUCAAAACAAAUAUUACACGCAGGCGAGUGUACUUCGUCAGCACAAAGAUGGGUGCCGAAGUGAUUUCCCAUUUGAUUUUGCUGGAACUUCGGCACUGGUGCCGAGAAUUGGUGCUGGACUAGGUGCAGUAAACUCGUUCAAAAUCAACUUUCCGGCAGAAAAUCUUCACAACAAUCACUGUUAAUAACAAGUUCAGGCAAUAAAGUAUCUGAUGCAGAUGGAAGAAGUGGACGAAAACGAUCGUUUCGUUGUGAAUUUAGACAAUGCAAAAUUUUGUUUACAUGUUGUGCCGGAAAUGGGGUCAAAAACCCUAUAACUGAAGGGAAAUUUUUAUCGCACCGUUCGCUUCUUUUUCUUCCAUUGAGUUCAUUUCAGUAUCUGUCAUCAUCAAUACACACUCAACGUAAACUACGUAAAGGUGAUUCGAUUUUACUCAUCACUAUUGCCUCGUAUUCACUACAGCUCCUUAUUGUCUUCAAGAGUUCCGAGUACGGUUCGGACCAUGGUUCGGACUGUUCGUCGCCUUUCACACGCUUGGAACCUACUCUUCCACGCCUUCUUGGUUUGACGUCCCUGAUCUCCUCAACUUGCUGUUUUUUUUCUCACUCUUAUGUUCCUCCUUGAAUUUAUUCAGAAAUUCUUUAAUACAGCUUCCGUUGGAGGAGCAUUUCAUUCUCAGCCGCCAGAUGCCAGACAGCAGAGCUGCGAAAUAUCAUGUCAGUCAGUUGACGACUGAUUUUGCACCACCGCCACACUGUUUCCAAAGGCCCAAUUUCGUGAUCGAAAUUGUUUUGGGCAUGAAAAAUUGAUUUUAGAGGUUUGGUUUCUUCGAAGAAGUUGUUUGGUAUAUCAGAGCCCUUCUUUUGGAAGUAUCAAUAAUGUGAUUAAUCCACCUAAAAGUGAGAUAGAAAUUCAUUUUUUUUCAUAAGUGAGCGUGUUCAUGUCUUCAGCAAAGUUGUAGAAAAUGUCAUUAUGAGAAAACUUGCCGAACAAACUUUUGCUCUAUCUGCUCAAUUUCUAGCGAUAUGGGCCAUUAUUUGUGAAUGGCCCCUUAAAACCUUUUUUUUUGUUGUAACUUUUUUCAGACAUUUUUGGGAAUUUUCAAAUGUUCUAUAAAGUUAUUUAAUAUGACAAUAAACGUAUUUCUUCUGAAGACGGCAACAUUGUAUCUAUGAUAGUUUUUGAGGUAUUUACUUAUUUUUUUGAAAGGUAGCCUUUUUUACGUUUUUGUGACAUUUACAGAGGCAAAAUGGGGCAAGACUUUUCAAUUGAAUAUGAAAGAAGUUUAUAAUAGGUGUAAAUUUUGUUUCAACUCAGGCUGGACACUUGCUUCCUUGACAGUAAAAUUGAGCUGUGAAAUAUUUUAGUUUGUGACUGAAAUUUUCAAAAAACUCAAAAAGUAUUGAAGAUAGAACUUUCUCGUCUUCAAAGAAAACAUGUAUUUUAUCAUAUACUAGCUGUCCCGGCAAACUUUGUCUUGCCAAGCUGUGGUGGUUUGACAGCUGUUGAGGACAUCGGAGCAACGCACUCUAGAUUGAUUUCAUUUCAAUCACGAAAAAAUUCUUCCCGGCUCAUGAAAAAUCAGUAUUUUUACAUUAUUUAUACUUCUUGAAGGACUUUCGUAACUUUUUUAUGUAUAUAAACACACCCACUAUGAAUACGAAUCGAACCGUGCAAGAGUCAUGCUGAUCGGUUCAUCCGUUCGGGAGUUUUGUUGCCUCAAAGGAACUUCAAACUCAUUUUUAUAUAUAUAGAUAGAUAAUAACUUCGUAGAACAUUUAAAAAUUUCUAAGAAUGUCUGAAAAAAGUUACAAUGAAAAAACUGAUAUUUAGGGGUCGUUUUCAGGAAAUGACUCAUAUCUUUCAAAAUGGAGCAUAUAGAACAAAAGUUUGUUCGGCAAGCUUUCUUAUAAUGAUAUUUCCUACAACUUUCCUGAAGACAUCAAUAUACUAUAUUCACAUAUGGUAAACACUGAAUUUUCAUCUCACUACUAGGUGAAUUGAUCACAAAAGUAAUAAUUUCAAAAGAAGGAUUCUUGUCUAUCGAACAACCUCUUGAAACAAACUUUUGUCCUAUCUGCUCCGUUUUGAUAGAUAUGGGUCAUUUUCUGUUAACGACCCCUAAAUAUCAGUUUUUUCAUUGUAUCUUUUUUCAGACAUUUUUAGGAAUUUUCAAAUGUUCUACAAACUUAUUAUAUAUGAUAAAAUGCAUGUUUUCUUUAAAGACGACAAAGUUCUAUCUUCAAUACUUUUUGAGUUUUUUGAAAAUUUCAGUUACGAACUAAAAUAUUUUAUAGCUCAAUUUUACUGUCAAGGAAGCAAGUGUUGAAACAAAAUUUACACCUAUUAUAAACUUCUUUCAUAUUCAAUUGAAAAAUCUUGCCCCAUUUUGCCUCUGUAAAUGUCACAAAACCGUAAAAAAGGCUACCUUUCAAAAAAAAAAAAGUAAAUAUCUCAAAAACUAUCAUAGAUACAAUGUUGCCGUCUUCAGAAGAAAUACGUUUAUUGUCAUAUUAAAUAACUUUGUAGAACAUUUGAAAAUUCCCAAAAAUGUCUGAAAAAAAGUUACAAAAAAAAAAGGUUUUAAGGGUCCAUUCACAAAUAAUGGCCCAUAUCGCUAGAAAUUGAGCAGAUAGAGCAAAAGUUUGUUCGGCAAGUUUUCUCAUAAUGACAUUUUCUACAACUUUGCUGAAGACAUAAACAUGCUAUAUUCACCUAUGAAAAACAUCGAAUUUCUAUCUCACUUUUAGGUGGAUUAAUCACAUUAGUGAUACUUCCAAAAGAAAGGCUCUGAUAUACCAAACAACUUCUUCGAAGAAACCAAACCUUUAAAAUCAAUUUUUCAUGCCUAAAACAAUUUCGAUCACGAAAUUGGGCCUUUGGAAACAGUGUGCACCGUCACUAUCACUGUAGGCCGCUCAAUAUUAAAUCGAUAGUGACCGGCAACGACUUGAUACUGACCCGCAGUCCAGAGCACUAUUAUAGCAACUGAACUGAUAUUUUGGCGAUUUUAGCCAAAACUCAAAAUGUUUAAUGACCAACAUACAAAACUUGUUAUUGUGUACCACAUAAUCAAAUUUCAUCACUUUAAGUGUUUAUUCUGAUUUCAAAACGAAUUUUAAAGAUGGCCUAUCAGUGAUAGCUACCCGCCAUCGCAAUCAGUCCAGUUGUGAUGGGAAAAGAAAAGUGACAGUGACUCAACAGAGCACACGCUGACUUGGAUCGCAGUAAGCCUAUCAAAAUCGGCGGUUUACCUACCAUUGAUAGUGACAGAGAGCAACUCUGCAGAACAGGCGCUGUUUGAGCCGCACCUCCUUGGUGAAUAGACGCUCGGGUCGUACCUCCUCAAUCUAGGUGAAGUCAGAAGGACAACAAUGCCCAGGGCUGCACUACCAGCUGAGCACACAGUUCUUAGCUGGCGUUCUUUGUCAUCGUUUGACCCGUGAAAGCAUGAAGUAGGAACUUGUGAGGACCAGAGCUAUGUUGGAAGCUUUCCUUAUCGACUCUCCGUUUUGCAGCCCGUCAGAAAUUCUACAUUAGAUUUCUCCAUAAAUUUGUCCAAGGAUUCUUUUAGAAAAACCUGCAAUGCGUUCAUCCCAAUUAGGGAGGAUGCCAUAAAAAAUUACGUCAGGAAUUCGGUCAGAAAAUCUACCACAGUUUUCUUCAGAAAGUUCUCCAGUAGUUUAUCAUUAGUUCUCCCAAAAAAUAUCUGAGAAAUUUGUAGAGGUCUUCUUUCAGAUAAUCGCUCAGGAAUAAUUUUAGAAAUUUCCUCAAGUUUUUUUUCGGUAGAUUUCAAUGGGAUCCUUCUGAAACUCUAAGCUUCGACUUUUAAUUUAUUAAGUUUACUUUAAAAAUUCGUUUCAUUUGAAAAAUCCUUCGGAAUUCUCUCCAGGGAUUCAUAUUAGCCACAGAGGGAUUCCUUCAGAAAAUCGUUCGAAAAUUCGUUCAUUUUUUUCAGUGGUUUCUUCAAAAAUCUUCCAGAGAUUCCUUAAGAAAUUUGUGCAGAUAUUUGUUCAAGAAAUCCACCAGAUAUUUGUUCAGAUUUUUCUCUGCAGAUUCCAUUGAAAAUUCCCGCAGGAAAGUGACCAAUAAUUUCUUCAGGGGUUCAACCAAAAAACAAUGUAGGAGUUCCUCCAGAGAUACUAAGGUAUUACAUUAAUGACGGUCAGCUGCACAGCGUAUCAGACGCCAAUCACGUAUCAUCCCCGAUUUUCUUAAGCAUCAAACAGUAUUAUCGGCGCACUAAACAUAAAUCUUGUCAAGCAGUAGAAGUCUCUGAGGAAAUUUCUUAAGAAAUCCCAGAUGAAAUUUCUUAACCAAGCGCCGCGAAUUUUUUUUUUGGGUAUCCCAUGAAGGAAAGCCUUUUAGAAUGUUCUGGUGUACUUUCUUGAAAAAUUCAUUAAGUAAUCCAUGCGGAAAUUUCCCAAGGAUUUUUUGAGAAUUUUUUUUGAGGAUCCCUUCCGAAGUCUUAUGACAAACCCCAAAGGGAAUUCCUUAUAAAUUCUCUGAGGAAAUUUCUUGAGGGUCCACUGAUGGAACUCCUUGCGGAAUCUUUGAGGGAAUUCUUCGAGCAAGUUUCUUUAGUAAUCUCUGUAGAAAUUUCUUGAACAUUCUCUUGGGAAAUUUCUUUAGUGAUCCCAGACGGGAUUUCUUGAGAAUUAUAUGAGGGAAUGUCCUGGAUCAUCCUUGAGGGAAAUUAUUGAGGAUUUCCUGCAGGAAUUUUUUAAGGUUUCUCUGAGGAAAUUUCUCGAGGACUUUCUUGAGGAACUCACGGCAGAAUUUGUGGAGAAAUUCCCGGAGUAAAUUUGAAGUGAAUUGCAAGAGGAAUUUCUAGAGGAAUUCCCAGAUGAUUUUCUGGAGCUAUUAUCGGAGGAAUUUCUGGAUGUAUUCCCAGAGAAAUUUCUCAAGAUAUUUCUUGAAGAAUUUCCGAAUGAAUUUCUGGAAGAAUUUUCUGAGGAAUUUCUAGAGUAACUCCAGGAAAAAAAUUGGAGGGAUUCCCGAAGAAGUUUCUGAAUGGAUUCCUCCCUUGAUUCCUCCUGAGAAAUUUUAGAAGAACUUCUGGAGGAACUCCCACAAGAAUUUCUGAAGGAAUUUUCGGAGGAAUUUUCGGAGGAAUUCCCGGAUGAAUUUCUAAAGGAGUUCCAGAGGGCAUUUUUGGAUGAACUUCUAAAAAAGGGCAUCUGGAGGUAUUCCUGGAGCUUGAGGAAUUUCCGAAUAUUUUUAUGGAUGAGUCCAUAAAAGAUUUUCUAGAAGAAUUCCCAGAGAAAUUUCAGGAGGUAUUACUUGAGAGAUUUUCUGAAGAUUUUUUAGAAAAAUUUCUUGAUGAAUUCCCUGAGGAACAUCCGGAGAAAUUCCCGGAGAAACUUCGGAAGGAAUUCACGAUGGAUUUUUUUUGAAGAUUUCCUGGAAUUAAUUAAUUAAUUAAAAAUUAAUGUGUGGAGAAAUUCCCAGAGGAAUUCAUUGAGUAGUUCUCCAAGCAAUUUCUGGAUAAAUUGCCAGUGGAAUUUCUCGAGGAGUUUCCAGAAGGACUUCUGGUAGAAUUCUGGAGGACCUCGCGGAGGAUUUUCUUCAGGAAUUGUCAGAGGACCUUAUGGUAAAAGUCUCGGGUGAAAUUUCUAAAAAAAAAACCAGAGGUCUUUCUGGAGGUAUUCUCGGUGGAAUUUCUGGAAAAACUCUUUGUGGAAUUUCUGGAGGAAUUUCCGAAAGAAUUUCUGGAGACAUUCCCGAAGGAGUUUCUGGAAGAAUUCCUAAAAAAAAUGUGUGAAGGAAUUCACGAAGGAAUCUCUGGAGGAAUUCCUAGAAGUAUUUCUGAAGGAACUCCCUGAGAGGAAUUCGUAGAAGUAUUUCUGAAGGAACUCCCUGGGAGGAAUACCCGGUAAAAAAUAUGGAUUUAUUCCCAGAGGAAUUUCUGAAGGAAUUCUUAAAGAAUUCCUGAUGGACUUUCUCGAGGUAUUUCCAGGAGAUUUUCUGGAGAAAUUUUAUGAAGAAUUCACGGAGAAAGGAUUGACGGUGGAAUUUGCGGAGGAAUUCCAGAAGAAGUUUCUAGAGGACCUUGUGAAGGAUUCUAUUCAGGAAUUGAUGGAGGACCUUCUGGAGAAAUUCCCGGAAUAAUGUCUGGUUUCCCGACGAAAUUUUUAGAAAAAAAUCCAGAGGACUUUCUGGAGGUGUUCCCGUAGAAGUUUCUGGGUGAGUUUCUGGAAAAACUUCCUAAGGAAUUAAUAGUGCAAUUCCCGGAAUAAUUUCUGGAUUUAUUCCCAAAGGAAUUUCUGGAAGAAUUUGUUACGAACUUUCUGGAGGUAUUCCUAGAAGAUUUACUAGAGAAGGUUUAUGAAGAAUUUUCGAAGAAAUUCUGGAUUAACUCCAGUAAGAACUUCAGGAACUUUUGGAGGAAUUCCCAGAGAAUUUCUGGAUUAUUUCCCGGAAGACUUUCCUAAUAAUUUCCGGAGGAAUUCCGUGAAGCAUUUUUGGAAGAACUUGUGGAAGAAUUCUGGAGGAUCUCGUGGAGGAGUUUUUUCAGGAAUUGUCGGAGGACCAUCUGGAAAGUCUCGAAUGAAAUUUCUACAAAAAAAAUCCAGAGGACUUUCUGGAGGUAUUCUCGUAAGAAUUUAUGGAAAUUUUCCCUGAUGAAUUUCUGGAAAAACUCCCUGUGGAAUUUCUGGAGGAAUUUCCGAAAGAAUUCCUGGAAAAGAACCCGAAGGAGUUUCUGGAAGAAUUCCUGAAUAAACAAAUGUGUGAAGGAAUUCACGAAGAAAUUUCUGGAGGAAUUCCUAGAAGUAUUUCUGAAGGAACUCCCUAAGAAGUUUCUGGAGAAAUUCCCGGAAAAAAAUCUGGAUUUAUUCCCAGAGGAAUUGCUGAACGUAUUAUUCCCAAAGAAUUCCCGAAGGACUUUCUCGAGGUAUUCCCAGGAGAUUUUCUGGAGAAAUUUUAUGAAGAAUUCCCGGAGAAAGGAUUGCCGGUGGCAUUUGCGGAGGAAUUCCAGAAGAAGUUUCUAGAGGACCUCGUGGAGAAGUCUAUUCAGGAAUUGACGGAGGACCUGCUGGAGAAAUUCCCAGAAUAAUGUCUGGUUACCCGAAGAAAUUCCUUGAAAAUUUUCCAGACGGCUUCCUGGAGGUGUUCCGUAGAAAUUUCUGGAAAAACUCCCUGAUGAAUUUCUGGAAAACUCCCUAAGGAAUUUAUAGUGCAAUUCCCGGAAUAAUUUCUGGAUUUAUUUCCAAAGAAAUUUCUGGAAGAAAUCCUUACGGACUUUCUGCAAGUAUUCCUAGAAGAUUUUCCGGAGAAGAUUUAUGAAGAAUUUCCGAAAAAAAUCUGGAUUAACUCCAGUAAGAAUUUCAGGAAUUUUUGGGGGAAAUACCGAACGAAUUUCUGGAUUAUUUCCCGGAACAAUUUCCUAAUAAUUUCCGGAGGAAUUCCGUGAAGCAUUUUGGAUUGAUUCCCGGAAGGAAUAUUGGAGGAAUUUCUUGAGGAAUUCCUUUAUGCAUUUAAGGAGGAAUUCGUGAAUGAAUUUCCGGAGGAGUUCUUGUAGGAAUGUGGGUUAGUGAUUCCCUGAGGAUUUUUUGAAGUAAUUUGAACGGAAAUUUUUACCCGUGGAAGGAGUUUCUGAUAGGGUUUCUCACAGAAAUUCCGAUUCAAAGGAAUCCUUGAACUAAUGAAAGAAAAUAAUCUUGAAUGAACGCUUCGAGCUACUUCCUAAUGAACUCCUGGAGGCACUUUUGUUAGAAUUUCACGAACAUAUUUUACGGCAAGUUUUGUAUUUUUUCGGCGGCGAAAAAGGAGGUAUUUCGGAAUGAUUUUUGUGUAGAGAUUUCAGGCAUGAUCUAACGGAGCAAUGGAAAAAAAAUCUGGGAAAGACCUUUUCAAGGAAUCCCGGGGGAAUGUGCUUCCACUGGUAUUCCUACCACAAUCACUCCAGAAAUACUGUUAUGUUCAAUAAAAUAACACUGAAAGACAAUUUCUAUACAAAAUGGCCUACUUGGACAUGUUGUAACUUUGUUCUCUUAAAAGCGAUUGAGUUGAAAAUUUGAUUGCGAACUACAAACAUGCUGAAUAUUGUAAUAAUUUUUUUUAAAUCUUCUAAUCACACGAAUUAGCAGUGUACAUACAUUGAAUGGCAGUUUAACUAUGAAGUAGAUUUUUCGAACACUAUUCGACCAAUUUUUGACCAAAUGGCAAGUCACAAUAUAAUGUUUAAAAUUAUGAAAAUAUUUGCUGAAUAAAAAAAGUAAAUCUAACAAUGCUAUUGUUUUUUAACAAUUCCACAUAGUGGUUAACCUUUUUCCUAGGUGCUUAAAAUUUUUCUAUGACAAAUCGGCAUUGACUGCUAUUUUAAUGAGCAUUCACAGAUUUCGAGGUGAAGUUUCUCAAUUCUCUAGGAAUUUCAAUAAGGGUCGCCCGAGGAAUGUCAUCAAGAAGUUUUUCAAAAAUUCCUCCCGUAUUUUUUUCGAAAAAUUCUCAGAGAUUUCUCAAAAUUUUCCUCUCGAGAUUCAUUCAAGAGUACUUCCUAAGAAUUCUUAAGAAAGUUCAGAAAGAUCUUUCUUAGAAACUCCUUCAGAGUUUGCUUCAACUGUGUAUUCCUUCUGAAAUUUCUUUAGGUGUUUCUUCAAAAAUAAAUAACUCCGAAGACUUAUUCAGAGUUUAAGGUAUUUAUUCAUUAUUUGUCGCAAAGGUUAUUCCAUGAAGCUUUUCAGAAAAUCUACCUUUUUUUAUAUCCUGCAGAGAUUCCUUCGGAAAUUUUUUCAAGGGUUCCUCCAAUAGUUCUUUGAGAAUUUUUUUUAAUUGCUAUCGUUCCGUCAGAAACACUUCCUGCGAUUCUUCAGAUAUUUCUUCCAGAAAUUGCACGAAAAUUACUCGAAGAAUUCUUGAAACAAUUCCUGAAUGAAAUUUUCAAGGAAUUCCCCCGAGGAUUGUCUGAUAGAAUCGCUUACCUCUCUCUUUGCAUUAGUGAGCGAGUUGGUCCCAACGCAAUGCAAUAGAAAUGUUAAAAAAAACUGGUGCUUUUUUUUGAUUUCCGGAAAACAUUCUUUAAUGUUUUCUUGAGAGAUUCCUGGACAAAAAAAUUUUUUGAAGUUUUCUCUGAGAGAACUGCUGGAUCAAUGCCUGACAAGAUAACUGAAGAGACUUCUUAUGAUACCUAUACUUUGGAAGUAAUUACAAGGAAAAGUUGAUUGAAAAACUUCUGGAGUGAUUUCUGAAAAAAAAACUCCAUACAAGAAUUUCUGUAAAGUUUGCAGAAAUCCUUGCAGAAAUUUCAGAGAAACAUACUGGUAGAAUUCUUCAAGAAAUCCCUAAAUAAAAAUGCCUCAUCCUUCUUCCAGGCUGAGGAGGGUCAAAACUCGAGGAAUUGCAGUUAAGGGUACAUACGGAUCAAAAAAGGCCACAUUUUGAGCUAAGCAUACAUUUUGUUGCAACGUUAUAACUCUAUGAUUUCUGGUUAUAGGGUUAGCUUCAGAAAUAUUAUCAAAAAUUCAGGAAUACCUCCUAAAGGCUUCACUAGGGAUUCUACCGGACAUUCCCAAAUGGGUUUCUUCUUUUUUUUUCGGAUUAAAUAAUCCAGAGACUCAGCAACAAAUAGAGAUUCAAACCAAUUGCUUCAGAAAACUUUUGUAAGUUUCUGGCAAUAGUUUUCUUUCGGAAAAUCGUUGUUUGUCUUUGAAAAACAUCAUCAAAAAAUCAUCUGUGGUUUUCAAAAUUUUUCAAGGAAUUUUCCUUACAUUCUUCAAGAACUCCCAAACUAAAUCCAUAAAAUUCAUUAAUUAUGCAUAUGUUUAUUUCAAAAUAAGUCAACGAAACUCUUUGAGGAAUUAUGCCAAAACGAUAGUACAAGGCUUCUUUCAAUAACUUUUCAUGGAAUCUGUGCUGGAAUUUACAUCAAUAUGUACUUUCUGCACUAAGGUUUUCUGGAACAGAGGCUUUCCAAAUACUUCCUUCAGACGAUUCAUGUUAUGUAAUUUUGAUAGAAAGUACGAAAAGUAGCUGGUAUCGCUUCAGGACUUUCAGAAAUUCUUAAAAAUUUAAUAUUUUUCAAGUUUUAACCCUCUAAUACCCAAAUUUUUGAUUUUGAUCUAAAUAUCAUUUUUCGUCAUCUAAAAUCGAUUUAAACAUGUUUUGGAAGGUGAUUCUUCUCAAUUCUCGAUUUCGUGAAUUUCAGUUUUUGAUUUUUCUAAUUUUUAUUUUUAAACAUCCUCACAGUUUUAUAUUUUUCCUGGAAGCCUAUUUGGGGUACGGGUUUUUUGAGAUGAAAACAUUUUGAGAUUUUAUGAUUAUUGUUGAAAUACUUUUAUUUUGAUUUUUUUUCAUAGACAAUUUUAUUUUCCGUGUAAUUUUAAGGAAAAUAAUUUUAGAGUGUAUUCUAGUCCCUUAAACUAUAAAACUACGAUAGAAUGAUUUGAGAAAAAUUUAAAAUAUGUUAAUUGUAGCGAUUCAAUACAAAAUAAACACUUCUAGAAGGUGACUAAAACAUCAAUUUUUCAAUGAUUUUUAAAAUAUGUAAAUACGCUUCAAAAUACACCAAAAACUAUUUUGAGAUAUACAAAACAGUCUAUCAGCUAAAAAUAUAAAAAUUUCGAUUUUCCACGAAACAAAAAUUACAAAAAUGCUCAAACUAUACCCCGUCUAAAGGCGGGGUUGGGUAUUAGAGGGUUAACAAGAAUGUCUUGAAGAUUUUCGCCAGAAAUUUAUUCCAUGAUUCUUUAAAAAGUUUUUUCUGGCUUUUUUGUUUAACCUUGAUUUUGCAUAUUAUUCAAGAAGUUGAUCCUACAGUUACUUUCCGAGCAAUGCUCGCAAUUACUGCAAUUACUCUAUUCUUCUAAUACGAAUUCUACCAGAAAAUCUGCUUUGCUUUGAAAACUCUCGGAAAGAUUUUCCAGUAAUUUAUUCAUUAUGGUUCCAUUAUUAAUUGCUCCAUCUUAUGGUAAUUUAUGACGAAGGUUUCCCAUAUUCAUUAAUAGAAUUUGCUUGACCAUCUCUCUUGAAUUUUUCCUGGAAUAUUUCUCAAAGAUUUUUUGAAUUCUUAAUUGCUUAACCUAAUUUACAGUUUUUUCAUCCACUGGGGCAUUACGAAAGCUGCACUUAAAGCUUGCACAGCGCCUAAAUGUAUUCUAUUCUACUAUAUCGAACUGGUCUAUGUGCUGCUUUCACAUUUCUACUCUGUCCAUGGCAGAUCCAUGGUAUCCAUGAUGAACAUGAGGAUGUUUAUGUGUGACUGCUGUUCUUUUCCCAGUCCGAUUGAGGGUCCAUUACGAGUUGCCGUUUUGCCGAUAUUCAAUUAUCCGGGUCCUUCAGAGCUAUGAGCUCUGAAGAGGGUUAGAGCCAGCCGCUCUCAGGGGGAAAAGCAACUGACGAAAGCGCCGGGACUAGGAUCGAACCCAUGAACAUCCGCUUAUGAAGCGAACGUGAGACCACUGCGCCAAAACCUCUCAAAGGUUCUUCCAGCAGCUUCUGCUUGAGUUCACCAAGAAAUCUUGCAGAGAUUUUCACUAAAAUCCCAGAUGUUUUGUUAUAAGCUAUUAGGGGAUGUCGUCUAUUUUUGAUCCGGUUUUAAAAAAUGCAUUAUUUAUUUCCAAAGAAAAAAAUAGUAAUUAUAAAUUGCCCGCAUUUAGAAUUGAGACGAAGCAAAAACAUGGGGAAAAUACUGUGUAUACCUACCUGUUUGUCACUCUUCCUAAGUUAACAUUACGCCACCUCUGCACAGUGUUCGAAAUCGAUGAUUUUACGAUCAAAAUUAAAUAACUUUUUUUAGGUUGGUUCUAGAGGUUUGGCGUGUUCUACAAAGUUUUUCUGCAUGUUAAAAGGCGUCUUUUGAUAAAAUGUAUGAUUAAUCCCCCUAGAAGUGAAAUAAAAAAAUUAUUUUUUCGAAAUAUUUUUUUAGAGGUUCGACAUUUUCGGUAAAGUUGUAGCCCAUAAUAAGAGAACAAAAAUCGUAGAACAUGUCAAAGCUCCAUCUCUUACGGUUUUCGAGAUAUGGAGCGUUUUGUGCGAAGUACCCCUAAAACUAGUUUUUUCAGUGUGUAUGAAGUUGAUCACCAAUAUCAACUUCUUUUCCCGAUCAGCCUAGAUAGCUGUGUAGUGUCGGUAGCGGUUAGUUCAACUGGCUAAGAAUAGCACUACGGACCGCCUGCUCCAGUGGUAGGAAUCCACUAAUCAGGUGACCCCUAAUUCAUGGUGUUAUGCGGCUUUAUGCUUACCGUGCCUAGGAAUGAAUGGCUAGGGGGGUCUAAUAAAAACCUAACCGCAAACGGAGCCUGUGGAGUACCAGGGCACCCUCCACAGUAUUUGCCCUUACUGUGCUAACCGGAGCAAUAGCGCGGUGGACCUUGUGUUUCUCCGAGACAAUCAGCUGCCCUUCUUCAAUCUCAUACUUGAGGCUGAAUAAGGGCGGGAUUAUGAAGAUGUUUUUAAUUAGUUUAGAUUUUCACCUAUAUGGUUUCGCAUUAUGCGUUUUACACAGUGUAUUCUGUGCAUCCUCGCCUUUGGCGCACUCAAUUCGAUACCGAUCUGGCUUUAUUGUUGCUGUUCUUUUUUGUGCUGUGAUUGUUAAGAGUUUAAUCUUGCCUAGUUUGGGUAGUGGCUACGGUUAGGAUAGCUCAGAUCAAUCUUCAGCACAAAAGAACAGCAACGAUCAAUCUUUGUAGACUUAUGCAAAAUGGUACAGCCCAAGUGGCGUUAGUCCAAGAACCUUACUUUCGUAAGGGGAAUUUCUAUUUAGGAAACCUUGUGAAUCCGGUGUUUGCUACUUUCAGUAAAAAUGAAAUGGCAAACUCACGUAUCAUGCCUCGAGCAUGUGUGCUUGUCAACAACGCAAUCGUUGCUACACUCAUCUCUGAACUAACUACCAGAGAUGUAUGUGCUAUCAUAAUAGAUGUAUCUGUUGGAAACCUCAACAGGAAAUACGUUUAUUGUUCGGUUUAUUUACCGCAUGAUGAACCAUCCCCUACGGAUGCUUUCAAGCAAGUCAUUGCAUACUGCACUUCAAAAGGCCUUCCGCUAAUUGUUGGUAGUGAUGCUAAUGCUCACCAUAUAAUCUGGGGCAGCUCAGACAUCAAUUUGAGAGGCUCCAGUUUGAUGGAAUACUUGAGUAGUACAGAUCUUGGAUUACUUAACAUAGGCAACCGCCCAACCUUCAUGGUAUCUGGUAGAGAGGAAGUGUUAGACAUAACGCUUUGCUCUAGCAGAAUUAGUCAUGAGCUGACCAAUUGGCAUGUGUCAGAUGAAGAAUCUUUAUCUGACCAUCGUUACAUCUUGUUUGAACAUGUGAAUUUUACUUCGCAAACUUUGCGUUUCAGGAAUCCCCGGUCUACCAACUGGGAUCUCUUUACCGAUUUGGUUGCAGCCAAAUUUCAUGGAUACUCACCAUCAAUUGACACUCCAAGUGAUUUAGAUGAUGCCGUUGAUACUACAACGACCUUCAUCACGGAAGCUUUUGAAGAAGCAUGCCCUCUACGGUCUGUGAAGAUCACAAGAGGAACCCCUUGGUGGAACUCUGAUCUGGCGAAACUCAGGAAACAAUGUAGGAAGAGUUGGAAGUUGGAACAGACGACGUUCGGCUGGAUCGGAGGCUUUCAGGUCGGCUCGCAAGGCCUACCAGAAAGCUCUUCGGUCUACUGAACGAUCCGGCUGGAAAAACCUUUGUACAAAUGUUUCCAGUCUGAGUGAAGUCAGUCGGUUAAAUAAAAUCCUUGCGAAAUCAAAGAAUUUCCGAGUCAACGAACUUCGUUUGCCAAAUGGUGAUUUCACUUCCUCUGAUGAGGAAGUUUUGGAAUGUUUAUUCAGUACACACUUCCCCGGAUGUGUGGAUAUUACAUCUUCGGAUGAACCUGAUGUCUUUUCUUGUAGUUAUGAUUCUUUAGCUUCGGCUCGGAGUAUCAUAACUUUAGAAUCGAUUGAAUGGGCACUUAAUAGCUUUGCUCCUUUCAAAUCUCCUGGGGCAGAUGGGAUUUAUCCUAUUUUGCUUCAGAAGGGAUUUGAUCAUUUCAAACAUGUUUUGAAACAACUACUUGUUUGCAGUUUUGCUACAGGGUAUAUUCCCAAAUCCUGGCGGGAUAUUACUGUGAAGUUUAUUCCGAAAGUGGGUCGCGCGUCGUAUGAAGAAGCAAAGAGCUUCAGACCUAUCAGUUUGACCUCUUUUCUUCUGAAAUGCUUAGAACGCAUUGUGGAUCAUCACAUCCGUGAUGUUUAUCUGGCCAAUGUGCCUCUUCAUGUGAACCAACAUGCUUACCAAUCUGGAAAGUCCACUGUGACUCUUUUACACAAAGUUGUUUACGAUAUUGAGAAGGCAUUCGCUCAAAAGCAAUCCUGCUUGGGUGUUUUCUUAGAUAUCGAGGGUGCCUUUGACAACGUGCCUUUCGAUGCCAUAUUGGAAGCCGCACGGGGUCAUGGUAUAUCUCCAAUGAUUUCCAAUUGGAUUCACCAAAUGCUCAAAAACCGACAUCUCUUCUCGACAUUGCGUCAAGCGGCGAUUAGGAAAUUGAGUGUUUGUGGAUGCCCCCAAGGGGGAGUCUUAUCACCACUUUUAUGGAAUCUCGUAGCAGAUACGCUAUUGAGGCAACUCAAUAAUAGCGGUUUUCCUACUUAUGGUUUUGCCGACGACUACCUAACAUUGUUAGUCGGUAUGUGCAUCAGCACCCUUUUCGACCUGAUGCAAAACGCUCUUCAGGUAGUUGAGGGUUGGUGUCGCCAAUAUGGCCUUUCGGUAAAUCCGAGUAAAACAUCUAUUGUUCUUUUCACGGAAAAGCGAAACCGUAAUGGUGUUCGAACUUUACGUCUUUUUGAUUCUGAAAUCAAUGUGACUGAACAGGUAAAGUACGUUGGAGUCAUUCUUGAUUCCAAGCUUUCCUGGACACCUCAUGUUGAGUUCAGAAUCAAGAAAGCUUGUAUGGCCUUCGGGCAAUGCCGGCGAACCUUUGGUACAACUUGGGGUCUAAAACCCAAGUAUAUCAAAUGGAUCUACACAACUGUUGUUCGGCCAAUAUUGGCCUAUGGAUGUCUUGUGUGGUGGCAAAAGGGCGAAGUGAGAACGGUCCAAUCAAAGUUAGGCCAUCUCCAAAGGAUGUGCUUAAUGGCGAUGUCUGGAGCGUUCUCUUCAACUCCCACGGCAGCGCUCGAAGUUCUCUUUGACGUUGUCCCACUACACAUUCAUCUCAAACAAGAAGCACUUUCUUGCACUUACCGUCUAUGGGUACUCGGUUUACUAGAGGAAACUCCUGUGAACCGCAGUUCAACACACACCUCGUUGUUUCCACUUUUGGUGAAUUGGAACAAAGUUGUCCUUGCUCCAAGUGAUCUUACAAUUGCUUGUAAUUUUCCAUAUAGGACAUUUUCCACGAAAUUCCCUUCCCGGGAAGAGUGGACAUCUGGUUAUCUGGAAAGAAGUAUUUCAGACGGCAUCGUAUGUUACACUGAUGGCUCCCUUCUAGAAGGUCGAGCAGGUGCUGGUGUUUAUUCUCGUGAGCUAAGGCUGUAUCAGUCUUAUUCACUUGGCAGACACUGCACCGUUUUUCAGGCCGAAAUCUUUGCUCUUAUGUGCGGAGUGCAAUCAGCACUUCAGCAGCACGUAAUGGGCAAAGUAAUAUACUUCUGUUCAGAUAGCCAGGCUGCUAUUAAAGCACUUGCUUCGGCCAACUCCAGGUCGAAGAUAGUUAUCGCUUGUCGAACUCAAAUUGAGGAGCUGAAUUCAGCAAACGCUGUUCACCUUGUAUGGGUACCUGGCCAUUCUUCCAUCGCUGGAAAUGAAUUGGCUGAUGAGUUAGCUCGCACUGGAGCAUCACAUGACUUCAUUGGCCCUGAGCCAGCUAUUCCGGUAUCCAAGUGUUGGGUGAAGCUUCAGAUUGACACCUGGGCUGCCACUCAGCACAAACAAUACUGGAAUAGUUUGGAGUCAUGUCGUCAAACAAAAUUGUAUUGUACUGAGCCAUCUCUAGGGGUGGCAAAGUAUCUAACAAAUCUGUCAAAGCAGAAUUGCAGCAUGCUGGUCAAAGCAUUGACUGGCCACUGCCGACUCAGUUAUCACAUGGCGAAUAUUCAGCAAGCUGAUUCAUUUGCAUGUGAUAGCUGUGAAUCCGAUUAUGGAACUUCGUAUCAUUUAAUAUGUAACUGUCCAGCUUUUGCGCAAUUGCGUUUCCGAGUACUCGGGAAACACUUAUUAAGUGAAACUGACUUCAGAAACCUGAAUCUUCAGGACGUUCUGUUGUUCUUGACCCGCUGUGGUAAAGAGCUAUAGGCUCUCUUUACGCUUUAUGCAUUAUCACAGUGCCCUUCUCAGGGCGCUAUUCGAACCCAUUGUGGCACGCUUAUGCGUUAUUACAGUGUCCUUUUCAGGACGCUAUGUGAACCCAUUGUGGUACGCUUUUGCGAGUAUGACGAUCCUAUUCCCUUACCUGUCCUUUCCCAUCUCCUAUCCUUUUUCCUUCCCUUCUCCGUCAGGUAAAUGGUGAAUAGGCUCGUGUUCAUGGCGAUGGCACAAAUUUCCCAAAUGGAGGAGAACGUGCCUCUAGAGCCGACCUACUGAUACCUGAUACCUGCCCGCAUUUAGAAUUGAGACGAAGCAAAAACAUGGGGAAAAUACUGUGUAUACCUACCUGUUUGUCACUCUUCCUAAGUUAACAUUACGCCACCUCUGCACAGUGUUCGAAAUCGAUGAUUUUACGAUCAAAAUUAAAUAACUUUUUUUAGGUUGGUUCUAGAGGUUUGGCGUGUUCUACAAAGUUUUUCUGCAUGUUAAAAGGCGUCUUUUGAUAAAAUGUAUGAUUAAUCCCCCUAGAAGUGAAAUAAAAAAAUUAUUUUUUCGAAAUAUUUUUUUAGAGGUUCGACAUUUUCGGUAAAGUUGUAGCCCAUAAUAAGAGAACAAAAAUCGUAGAACAUGUCAAAGCUCCAUCUCUUACGGUUUUCGAGAUAUGGAGCGUUUUGUGCGAAGUACCCCUAAAACUAGUUUUUUCAGUGUAGCUUCAACAGAUAAAAUCCUACAGUUUUGUGACCUUCUACAAA